CAGGCUCCUCCUCUCCCGCUGCUCUGCUCUGACAAAAAUUUAUGGCCAUUUCGGCCCUUCAUCUUUGUGUUGAAUCACCGAUCCUGCAACUCGGGGCUGGGCAGGACGAGCAGAUGCGCAGAUGCAAGGACGCCCCAACGGAGCUUCAGGUGAUCCCAAUCCCAGGAACGAUACCUCCGUGACCAUCGAUUCCGACUCCGACAAUGGAAGUAGGCAUAGGAUUGCCGAAGUUCGUGGUUCCUCGCCGUCUCAAAUAGUGCCGGAGAAAGCUACGAUAUUGAAUGACAAGGUUAAAGCCGGCCCAUGCCUGUCAACGGAGAAAGACCUUGGGAUCCGGAAGCAACUCGCGCUUUCUCAUACGGAAUCAAUUAUUGCGUCCAAUCCAAUCGCCGUGAUGCCCCUCGAGUCCCCAAAGCAGCGGCUAGCGAUGGAGAGCUCCACGGAAUCACACAGGCUGCGCCGGGCUCGAACUCGCAACCCGUGGAUUUGCUCAGGGCUGGUCCUCUUUGUCACCGUGUCUGCUCUUCUCAUCCUUUCAAUUAUCGUAUACUCUUACCAGAGUCUUCAAGUUGAUCCGCAAGGGUGCAGAACGCCGAGUAUGCGGCCGACCUACAUAAAGCUCGUUGGGUUUGAUUCGGAACACACACGCUUCGCUAGCAAGUAUGGUCUUUACCUCUACCGGGAAAGAGGGGUGGAUGAAUACAGCGAAGAGGAUAUUGGGAUUAAGGGCGUGCCGGUUCUUUUUUUGCCUGGGAACGCAGGAAGCUAUAAACAAGGCCGUUCCCUCGCGUCCGAGGCCUCCUUAUACUUUCACGACGUCUUGCAAUAUCAUCAGGAACGACUCAAAACAGGUGUGCGGGGUCUGGACUUCUUCAUGGCGGACUUCAACGAAGAUAUGGCUGCUUUUCAUGGGCAGACCCUUCUCGAUCAAGCGGAGUAUGUGAACGAUGCAUUGGCCUAUAUUCUCUCUUUAUACCACGACCCGCGUCGGCCAGGCAGAGACCUCAACCUUCCCGACCCGACAUCUGUGAUACUUAUCGGUCAUUCAAUGGGUGGUAUUGUUGCCCGUACGGUCCUUACCAUGUCAAAUUAUCAAACAAACUCUGUCAACACAAUUAUUACGAUGUCGACGCCUCACGCGAGACCUCCCGUUUCAUUCGAUUCCGAUCUCGUUCAUACAUAUAAACAAGUUAACAACUAUUGGCGCGAAGCUUACUCACAAAAGUGGGCCAAUAACAACCCCCUGUGGCAUGUCACUUUGAUUUCAAUUGCUGGAGGAGGUGGCGAUACGAUCGUCCCUUCAGAUUAUACCAGUCUCUCUUCUCUUGUUCCUGAAACGCAUGGCUUUACGGUCUUUACCACCACUAUACCUAAUGUUUGGACAGGGAUGGAUCACCUUUCCAUCGCUUGGUGCGAUUCAUUUAGGAAAGUUAUCAUAAGGUCUCUGUUUGACGUUAUUGAUGUUAGGCGCUCCUCUCAAACCAAGCAGCGAGCCGAUCGCAUGAGCGUGUUCAAGAAAUGGUAUUUGACUGGCAUGGAAGUUUCUGCAGAGAGAAAACUGCCGAGAAAAGAACAUACCACACUUUUGACACUUGGUGACGACACAAAAUCUAAAUCUAUCCUACGACAAGAUGAAAAACUUACCCUCCGUGGAUUUGGACACCGUAAAGGGCCUAAGUCCCACCUCAUGCCUAUUCCUCCUCGUGGAGGUGUUCCAGAGAAGAAACUCACCCUUUUGACGGACCAGAAACUUAACUCCAUGGAGACCAACCGAAAAUUGGAUGUGUUGUUCUGCAGUGAUUUCCCCUUACGAGCGGGACAAUCCGCAACUCUUCCUUCAUUGAACCUCGAUCUCUCUGGAGGGAGUGCAAGCUCGAUCCGACUAGUUUGCAAAAGUGCUGCAGAAGAUGUGAUUUCCCUUCCAACAUCUACAUCCUCUUCAAAGUUUGCAUUUGACAAUGUUCCUUCCCUGUCCUAUUUGCAGUAUGAUCUCGAAGACCUCACGGAAUAUCAGUUCGUGGUGGUGAUUGACAAAGCCGAGACACGAUAUCCCGGUUGGCUACAUGCGGAAUUCUCAGACAGUUCUGAUUCUGUAAUUCCCACUAGGGUUGGGCUUGGCAGAUUACUGAGUGCAGGUCUGAAUAUUAGACUUCCUGCAGAAAGACCGAUGGUUAUUGAUAUAAAAGUUCCUGCACUUCAUUCAAGUCUACUCGCAUAUAAGCUGCACGUUGAAAGCAAGGACUGUGAUGGAACUGAGCUCUUUAAGCCGAUGGUGCGGCAAUACAUCUCGGGUCCCUACGAAUCGAAAUUUUUCGUCAAUGUGAGAGAUGCCGAAAUCAACCUUCACGGAAUUGCGCCGUAUAUGCCUCCGCAUAUUGGAGACAAUGCUGCCGCCACUGGAAUCUCAUUUCAACUUUGGUCUGAUGCAUCCUGCAAUGGACCGCUGCAACUCUCGCUGAAAGUUGAUGUUCUCGGGAGUAUGGGAAAGCUCGCAAUGCGUUAUCGUACAGUGUUCGCGGCCUUUCCUCUGCUUGUGGUGUCACUUGUCUUGCGGCAGCAAUUCAAAGUAUACAAUCAAACAGGUAUUUUUAUCAGCUUUAUGCAAGCAUUGGACCUAUGCAUUCGAUCGUCUAUACCGUUACUUUUUCUCGGCCUUACUUUCCUGGCGUCUUCGUUGGCAACGUCAAAAAAUACUCUAUCCAAAAGCGCAUCGCCGAAUGCUGGGUCCAACUCAACGGAGUCUGUUAUCGAUUUCUCCGCCAACGAUCUCCUCUUAGGGUCGCAAGAUGCCUUCUUCUGGUUUUUAGUGCCACUAUUCGGCAUCAUUAGCAUCGGUACAUGUGUUAUUGUUAACUAUGUUGCGAUGAUCCUUAUUCAUGCGCUUGGGGCGAUCCGCGCGAUCCUGAUGUCUCGUAAAGGCUACAUCAAGCACGAUGAACGAGGCAAUACAUCGAUAUUUUGGUCUUUAUCGACGAAAAAUCGAGUAAUCAACACCGCUGUGCUCCUCUUAUUUGUUGCAACUUUCAUACCAUAUCAAUUUGCGUACGUUGUUGCGUGUGUUGUCCAACUUGUAACGUGUGUCCAGGCAUCCUGGCACGCUCGGGAAACACGAUCAGCGUCACAUUCCAGCUUUUAUAACUAUGUUCAUUCCAUUUUCAUUCUGAUGAUCUGGAUCCUUCCUAUCAAUGUGCUUGUUCUCAUUGUCUGGAUUCAUGAUCUGGCCGUUCACUGGCUUACGCCGUUUUCCUCGAACCAUAACGUGUUUUCUAUAUUGCCGUUUAUGCUCCUUGUCGAAACAUUGACAUGUGGAACUAUGAUACCAAGGAUUACGACUCAUUUGCGACACAUCACCUAUGUCCUGUUCUUCUUCCUCGCUGCCUACUCCGCUAUAUAUGGCGUAACAUAUGCAUAUCUUCUCCACCAUAUCACCAACUUAGUGAUUGCAUGGCUGGUGGGAAUUCAUUUCUUCGCGGGCGGGUUUUCGCUUCGAAACUUAAGCCGGGUAAUCAACGACUCUGAUGGGGUACCCAACGGAUCCCCCAUAACCGAUGGGCACAUAAAAAAGUUACCAUAAACGAUAACUUUCGUCCUUUUCUCUUAAAAUACGGCAUUCUCGUUUCCAAAAGAUUAUUCAUAAUAUAUAGACAUUUCUUGCAUGAACUGGCAUGCUUGUGUGAUUGGUUUUGUUUUCUGUACUAUAGUUUCGCUUUUUGCCCCUCUGCUAAUCAUCUCCAUGCAGUACACUUCUACUGUCAUGGUUUGGUUUAGGUGCUCUUCCAGUACGUGCACCUAUCCCUCCGUGGGCUCUGUAUUAUACGUCUCGUCUUUGCCACUUUCUUGUUCGCGAAGCCGCCCGCUGAGUAUCCUUCGUGGAAUUUUCAGAGCUUCUAUCAACUCUUGUUUUAGCGGGUGCAUGGAGUUAUGAUAGGAAAUCGGGUUUGUGACUCGCUGGACCAACAACCAUCAUGACACGGGACGAAAGGUGUGAACCGUUUUUUGUGAGGAUUUUCUCUAGGGAUAGGGUAUUCCCCCAGUUGCUGGGCUUUUUCUGUUUUGUUAUGGAUCCCUAGUGCCCUAUCUUGUCUGAUUCUCCGACUGGCGGAUUAUUUUUGAUAAGAGAUCUCAAGACACGUUGACUAUGACUCCAUCGUAGGUGUUUGCAGAAGCUCUCGUAUAUGCUUCGUAAAUACCAAUAAUGCACCAAUAACAUUAAUUGAGUUCGUUCCUCUGCGGGCGCAAAACAAUUCUUGAAAUAUGCCAAUGUUGAUAUAUAGGCAAUAUAGACAUUAAAUUUAAA